AUGGACAAGUAUGUAAAAAAGUUAAAAAAUUCUACUGGUGAUCAGCAGAAUCAGCCAUCAACAUCGACAAAUGUAUUGGACCAAGGUAACAAAACCUCAAGUGAGUACUCCUCAUCAAAUGAACAAUUGACAGAAAAACGGCGAAAGAAGCCCAGACGUAACAUUAAAAAAACUCUGUGUAAGAAUGAAAAACUGAUAAAAGUAGGAGAAUUAAAACUGGCGGCUUUUGUAGCCGAGCAUGAUAUUUCCUUUAAAACCAUGGACCAUUUACCGAAAUUUAUCAAAUCCAUCUGUCCAGAUUCGGAAAUUGCUGCCGGAAUUACUUGUAACAGAACUAAAACUACAAAAUUGAUUAAUGAAUGCAUUGGUCCAUACGCUAAAAAACAAAUUGUUGCUGAUUUAAAUGAACAUUUUUAUUCAGUUAUUAUCGACGAAACCACUGAUAUAUCUACAAAAAAAUGUUUAGCAGUUCUAGUAAGGUAUUUUAAAAAUAGUAAGACAGUGGAUGCCUUUUUAGGAUUACUUGAGCUUGAGAAUAAUUCUACAGCUGCCUCAAUCUAUGAAAGUCUUACAAAUUACCUUACCUCAUCAGAAGUUAACAUAGAACAUAUGGUUGGUUUUGCAGCGGACAAUUGUGCUACAAUGAUGGGACAUCUUAAUGGUGUUCAAGCUCUUUUAAAAAAAAGGUUGCCAAACUUGGUUGUUGUAGGAUGUAGCUCGCAUUCUUUUAAUUUAUGCUCAUCUUAUGCUUGUGCUAAAAUACCAAAAGAAGUAGACGAACUAAUAAAAGAUAUUUAUGCUCACUUCUCGCACAGUUCUAAAAGAAAUAAUGCUUUAAAGGAGUUUCAGGUCUUUUGUGAACUAAAACCUCAUAAAAUUUUAAGACUUUCAGAAACAAGGUGGUUGUCGCUACAACAAGUUGUGGAUAGAGUCUUAGAGCAAUACAAUGCUCUUACUUUAUAUUUUACCGAAACCGCUUAUGAGGCAUCCUCCGCAAAAAUUAACAACAUAUUAAAGGAACUUAAUAAUAAAAUAACAAAAAUUGGGUAG